GCGCCAGCUCCGAGUAGGGGGAGCGGCCGCAGAGGCUGCUCGGCCCCGCCGCCCGCCAGGCCGUUGGCUCCUGCUCCCGGCCCGGGGCGCCGGCUGUGGCCUCCACCAUGAGCGUCCCCGACUACAUGCAGUGCGCUGAGGACCACCAGAGCCUCCUCGUGGCCGUGCAGCCGGUGGGCGUCGUCUCGGAGGAGAACUUCUUUCGGAUCUACAAGAGGAUCUCCUCCGUCAGCCAGAUCAGCGUGCGGGACUCCCAGCGGGUGCUCUACAUCCGCUACCGGCACCACUACCCCCCCGAGAACAACGAGUGGGGUGACUUCCAGACCCAUCGCAAGGUCGUGGGCCUCAUCACCAUCACGGACUGCUUCUCGGCCAAGGACUGGCCGCAGACCUUCGAGAAGUUCCACGUGCAGAAGGAGAUCUACGGCUCCACGCUCUACGACUCCCGCCUCUUUGUCUUUGGGCUGCAGGGAGAGAUCACGGAGCAGCCGCGCACCGACGUGGCCUUCUACCCCAACUACGAGGACUGUGAGGCGGUGGAGAAGAGGAUCGAGGACUUCAUCGAAUCCCUCUUCAUUGUGCUUGAGUCCAAGCGGCUGGACAGGGCCACAGACAAGUCCGGGGAUAAGAUCCCGCUUCUCUGUGUCCCGUUUGAGAAAAAGGACUUUGUGGGACUGGACACAGAUAGUAGACAUUACAAGAAGCGGUGCCAGGGGCGCAUGCGGAAGCACGUGGGGGACCUGUGUCUCCAGGCCGGGAUGCUGCAGGACGCGCUGGUGCAUUACCACAUGUCCGUGGAGCUCCUCCGCUCCGUCAACGACUUCCUGUGGCUCGGAGCUGCCCUUGAAGGGUUAUGUUCCGCGUCAGUCAUCUAUCACUAUCCUGGUGGAACUGGGGGUAAGACCGGGGCUCGCAAGCUCCAUGGAGGCUCACUUCCUGCUGAAGCAGCCAACAGACACCGACCAGGGGCACAAGAAGUUCUCAUUGAUCCAGGUGCCCUCACAACCAAUGGCAUAAAUCCCGACACCAGUGCUGAAAUUGGGCGUGCUAAGAACUGUCUGAGUCCUGAAGACAUAAUUGACAAAUAUAAGGAGGCCAUUUCGUAUUACAGCAAGUACAAGAAUGCCGGAGUGAUUGAGUUAGAAGCGUGUGUCAAGGCCGUGCGUGUCCUCGCCAUUCAGAAGCGGAGCAUGGAAGCCUCAGAAUUCCUCCAGAACGCGGUGUACAUCAAUCUUCGACAGCUUUCCGAAGAAGAAAAAAUCCAGCGAUACAGCAUCCUCUCUGAGCUCUACGAGCUGAUUGGCUUCCAUCGAAAGUCUGCGUUCUUCAAGCGCGUGGCCGCCAUGCAGUGUGUGGCCCCCAGCAUCUCGGAGCCCGGGUGGAGGGCCUGUUACAAGCUGCUCCUGGAGACGCUCCCCGGCUACAGCCUGUCGCUGGAUCCCAAGGACUUCAGCAAAGGUACACACCGAGGCUGGGCAGCUGUGCAGAUGCGCUUGCUUCAUGAACUGGUCUACGCCUCCCGAAGAAUGGGGAACCCCGCUCUUUCUGUCCGGCACUUGUCCUUCCUGCUGCAGACCAUGCUGGACUUUUUGUCCGAUCAGGAAAAGAAAGACGUGACUCAGAGCCUGGAGAACUACACGUGCAAAUGUCCUGGGACCAUGGAAAUCCUCACCCUCCCAGGUGGGCCCAGCCUGCCGCCGGUGCCCUUCACCAAGCUGCCCAUCGUCAGGCGUGUGAAGCUGUUGAACCUUCCCGCCAGCCUCCGGCCACAGAAAAUGAAAAGCUUGCUGGGUCAGAACGUGUCGACCAAGAGCCCCUUCAUCUACUCACCAAUCAUUGCCCACAACCGCGGAGAAGAGCGGAACAAGAAAAUAGAUUUCCAGUGGGUUCAAGGAGACGUGUGUGAAGUUCAGCUGAUGGUAUACAACCCGAUGCCGUUUGAACUCCGAGUUGAAAACAUGGGGCUCCUCACCAGCGGUGUGGACUUCGAGUCUCUCCCCGCGGCGCUCUCCCUUCCGGCUGAGUCCGGUCUUUACCCGGUGACUCUGGUUGGGGUCCCACAGACGACCGGAAUGAUUACUGUGAACGGUUACCACACCGCCGUCUUCGGCGUCUUCAGUGACUGUUUGCUGGACAACCUCCCGGGAGUGAAGACCAGUGGCUCCACAGUGGAGGUCAUUCCUGCACUGCCCCGACUGCAGAUCAGCACCUCGCUGCCCAGAUCUGCACAUUCCUUGCAGCCUUCCUCUGGUGAUGAAAUCUCUACGAAUGUGUCCGUCCAGCUUUACAACGGGGAGACUCAGCAACUUGUCAUCAAAUUGGAAAAUAUUGGGAUGGAACCCUUGGAGAAACUGGAAGUCACCUCCAAGCUUCUCACCACCAAAGAAAAAUUGUAUGGUGACCUCUUGAGCUGGAACCUGGAAGAAACCCUUGCCCAAUUUCCUCUGCAACCUGGGAAGGUGGCCACUUUCGUCCUCAACAUCAAGGUGAAGCUGGAUUUCUCGUGCCAGGAGAACCUCCUCCAAGACGUCAGUGACGACGGAAUCAGUGUGAGCGGCUUUCCACUGUGCAGUCCCUUUCGACAGGUCGUUCGGCCUCGAGUGGAGAGCAAGCCUGCGAACGCCCCCGAAGGCGGCAAGCCGGGAGACCCGAGCCACGUGAAGACCCUGGAAGCCAUCCUGAAUUUCAAAUACUCUGGAGGCCCGGGCCACGUUGAAGGAUAUUACAGGAACCUCUCCCUGGGGCUGCACGUGGAAGCCGAGCCAUCCGUGUUCUUCACCCGAGUCACUACUCUGCCGGCGACCAGUACCCGGCAGUGCCACCUGCUCCUGGACGUCUUCAACUCCACGGAGCAUGAGCUGACUGUCAGCGCCCGGGGCAACGAGGAGCUCAUUCUGCACGCCGGCGAGUGCCAGCGAAUGGCCAUUCAAGUGGACAAGUUCAACUUCGAGAGUUUCCCAGAAUUCCCUGGGGAGAAGGGACAGCCUGCAAAUCCGAAGCAGCUAGAGGAGGAGAGGCAGGAAGCCCGCGGCCUGGAGAUCGACAGCAAGCUGGACGUGCACUGGAGAAUCCCCUCCCUGAAGCGCACAGGCGAGGCGAGCGUGGAAGGACUCCUGAACCAGCUCGUCCUGGAGCACCUGCAGCUGGCUCCGCUGCAGUGGGAUGUGCUGGUGGACGGACAGCCGUGCGACUGCGAGGCUGCAGCCUGCCGGGUGGGCGACCCUGUGCGUCUGGAAGUGCGGCUCACCAACCGGAGCCCACGCAGCGUGGGGCCCUUCGCCCUCACGGUGGCCCCCUUCCAGGACCACCAGAAUGGCGUGCACAACUAUGACCUGCACGACGCCGUCUCCUUCGUGGGCUCCAGCACCUUCUACCUCGAUGCGGUGCAGCCCUCAGGCCAGGCGGCCUGCCUCGGAGCCCUGCUCUUCCUCUACACGGGCGACUUCUUCCUGCACAUCCGCUUCCACCAGGAUAGCGCGAGCAAGGAGCUGCCGCCGUCCUGGGUCUGCCUGCCCAGCGUGCAUGUGCGUGCCCUGGAGGCGCAGGCCUGAGCCCUCCCGCCCCCUCAGGGCCCCUGCUCCUGUGGGCGCAGCCGGCCCACCUGGCGCCCGCCUUCCCUCCACCGCCCCCGCCUUGCCCCCACCCUUCCUCCUUUCUCCUGUGCCCCAGACACGGCAGCCUCACCCCUUCCCGGACUGCCCAACCCUCUGCUGGAGCCUGGCACUAACCAAACCCCCGAGGACAGCACCCACCCAGCCCAGGACCUGGGGUCCCUGCACCUGCAUCUGUGACUUGGGGGUUGCCCCCCCAGCCAGGAGAAAGAUGGCGCGUGAGGGAGGGACUCCCCGAAGGCUGGCUUCUCUCUGGAGGGCCCCGAGGCAGCCCCCCGCCCCCAGCAGGCAGACAUGCAGGCCCAGGGCCGCUCCCAGACGGGACUGCGUGUGUCUGUGUGUCGGUGACACGUUCUCCAAUAAAAGACCUGCCUCGCUUCUC